AUGGACGAACAACAGGAAGGUAUCCCAGAACGAGAGAAAUUAAUAAACAAGGAGUACAAGCGACGGGAACUCCAAGGCUUCGCCAGAAUGGCUGGAAUACGGGCAAAUUCUCGUAACGAUGAGCUUUAUGAGGAGUUGAUAGCAUGGCUUGAUAAGAGAGAUAACUCUUCUCAGGUACAGACUCCGCAGCUCACCCCAAUCCUGCCCCAAGCUGCUACUGCACCUGCAGCAUCCGAGACUCCCAAUGGGCUAGGUCCGCGGGCCUCUACUGACGACAAUGAAGAGCAGGUUAAAACGCCUGUAAUCCACGUGCCGCCCAAGAACGAUGAGCCAGACGUUCCAUACGUCCAGUUCGCUGGAAAGGUGGCGAUAAUGGUGUCACCAUCUCUGCCACAGAGCCGCUUUCAGGACCAUAUCAAGGUCUCGGGUCUUCCUGUUCCUAUGGUCAGCGAGACCUCAGGGGUGCAGCAGCAGACAGAGGCCCUUCAACAAGAGGACAAACCAGGAAAUGACAGCCUGUUUCACGUCUUGGACGCAAGUAGUGCCUCUGUCGGUACACCGAGCAUGCAGCAGGUACCGCCGAUUAAUGAAUCGUCUGUCAUGUCUCAAACAUAUGCUGACUCUGCGGCCAUAAAGACAACAGAGAGUCUGCAGAAACCCAACUUUAAUUUCUCAGGAAUGCAAACAGAGACCCUCUCCUGGCAGGCCUCUUCAGGCAAUACAACUGCACUUGGUUUGGAGGGACACAACCAGAUGAGUAGGGAGCGGCAGUUUGAAGCUCUGAAGGAUCUCAUUAACGGGGAGUUUGUCACUAUUAAAAAGCGGAUAAAGCGACGAUUCGACGAACAAAUCCAUAAGUUUCAGCGGUUGGCGCAGGUUAGCCUCAUCACGAUCCCUCCCCACCUAAGAUCUAUUUCUCUUCAAGCCAUUUUAGAGGGAGAACUCCCCCAAUCCAAGCAGACCGUCAGCGAGAGCCUUAUAGAGACUCUGUCCAAGCUCAAGCGGGCGACGAUGCAAUAG